AUGAAACGAUUAUUAGAAGGAGGAGUAUUGAGCACUUGGAUGCUCAUCUCAUUGUGUACCAUCAUGAUCGAAGUACAAAUGACUCAUGGUUUGGAUUUGUUGUUUCCAAUGAAGAGAGUGAUUGAAAGUGAUCUUGCUGUGAAUUAUGAUUCAAGCUCGUUGAUGGCGUCUUCUUUGAUGGACUGGAAGGAAACUUGUCAUCAUGGAGUACUUUCGGCAGGUCAGCAACCAAGCGACUGUGACAAGGAAACGAUCAAGAAACGAAUAUUGUCUGCUCUCAAUAAUAGAUUACAACAGAACAGAAGAUCAUCAUCUGCUAGUUUUGUAAAAUCCAAAUUUAUCAAAGGUCAAUGGUUAUGGGGAGAUUUCACAUAUAUUGAUUUCUGGUCCAAUUCGAAUAGUAAGCGAUCAGGUGUGGUAUAUACUCUCUCUGCCAAUGAUGGAAAUGAGUUACAAAUUACAGGAUAUUUUGAUGACUAUGCUUCACGAUUGGCCAAUUGUAUGACCUUGUCGAAUCAUGAUCGUCCCAAUUAUCACUUGUGUGACUUGGAAAUGAAGAAGGGAACCUUUCAGAAGCAAGAGAAUGCAAACUCGAAUGCCAUCAUACAAUCCCAGCUCGUGUGUAUUCGAUUCGAACAAGAUCAAGGUGUCAAAUUAGCCAUUCAUUUAAAUCCAUUGGAUUGCUUUUCGAGUAGUGUUGAUUUUACUCCAACUCUGGUAGGUUCCAGCAGUGUGGGUGAGAACGAGAAUGGUGCACGACCAUCUUCAACGAAUUCGUUGACCGUUGCUGCAGUUUAUAUUGCACCAGGACAGACCUCUUCUCUCGUUCGAGAUUUUAUUGUCGUGUUGGGUGCAACUUGUGCGUUUGUAUGUGGAUUUGUCAUAUUGUGCAGUGUUGCAUGUGGGUGGAAUUGUAUUAUAGAAAGAAACGACAAGCAAAAAGCAUGCUGUCGGAUGAUCACAAGAUGGAAGGAAUGGUUCUGUUGGAUUUAUUGA